CCACUUCAUUGUAUAAUAGCGACGAGCCGUUUUUAGUCUUGAACUCAUAAAUAUCAUCAAGUACUUAAAUUUUUUAAUGAUAUCGACUAAUUUAAAUCAACGUAUGGACACCAAGGAAAAACCAUUGGUACAACAUCCUUGGGAAAAAACAAUUAAGGGUAAACAUUCAAAUCGAAUUAAAUACUCUCGUAAUUCGAUAAACAAUUCUGUUUAUUCCAAACCUAAGGCAAAAAAAGAUAUUGAUGAAGAAGACGUAAGACAAAAUAAAACUAAGUUCUUAGUGGUUGGUGAUAGAUGUACCAGGGAAUUCAUCGUUUGCAAGAAAUUGGUUGAAGGACUGUAUAAGUAUAGAAGCAAGGUCUUCGACGCCCCUGUAAUUCAAGGUGUAUCAAGUGCAGAAUGGCCACACUUUGCAAACGAAUUUCAACUCAAAUAUGGCGGUCUUUCAUACUGUGUCUCAAGUAAAGUUAGAGUGGUGCAGAAUAAUCAGUUUGUUGGAGGAGAAUAUGAGUUAAAAGAACUCGUCGAAAAGAAAUACUUGUACCACGUUAAUGUUGAUUACCCUAAAGAAGCUAUAGAUUCAUUCGUUGAAUUCGUAAGAUCAAGUGGUAGAGCAUUUGUAUAUCUCAACUUUUCCAUCGACGAUAAGGAAAUUGGGUCUAUGGUUUUUAUGAUGUACAAUGACAUCGUUCCAAUUACUUGCGAAAAUUUCAUGCGUCUAUGUCAAAUUAAAAUUGGUGGUUAUGUCGGUACGCCAGUUCAUCGUAUAGUGAAAGACGGCUGGAUACAAUGUGGUGGUUUUGCCUUAAAGAGCUCUGACAUGAAUUGUGAAAACUUUGCGGUUCCUCUCGAUAGACGUGGUGUUCUUGCGAUGGCCAAUGAUGGCAGACACGUAGAUUGUUCAACACAGUUCUUCGUUCUACUACAAUCGGCAACAUGGAUGAAUUCAAGAUAUGUUGCUUUCGGUCAACUAAUCGAUGGCGAAAAAACUCUUCAGCAAAUCGAAAACGUAGAUACUUGGUAUGAGGCACCAACAAAAAGUAUAUCUAUUGCACAAGCAGGCCUCCUAUCUAUGGAGUGUCAAGACAUAGCGAUCAAUCGCGGUACUUUAGAGUACAUAAAUAAUCACAUUGAAGAUUUGGUUUCUUUGGGAAACACUCUAAUGGAGAUAGUUUUGGAUCGCAUGUUCCUAACAUUGGAUUUCAAACGCGUAACAAGCAUGGGAUCGCAUACUGGAGAAGACGAACGCGUGGAAGUUGUGGAUAAAGAUAUUCGGGCAACUGAAAGGUUCCUACAUGACAAGUCUGAUAUAGAAAAGCAAUUAGGGGGAACAGAAGCUCGUAGAUCUCACAGAACAUCUAAGGCGCGUGAGAUGUCAGCUUCUCAAAGUGAAAACGAGGAUUUUGAUGUAGAAGAUUAUGAUUACGUGUCAGAAGAAUAUUCACUUACGAAAGAAACGGUAGCUUCAAGUAUAGUCGUAAAGAAGGCACCCUAUUACAUCCCCUUGACAGAUGUGCCAUAUGCAGGAGACGUUAAUUCAAGCUAUGACCUAAAAAAACUUUUAAAAGGUGACUACUGCUUGGAAAGUGACAUGGUGGACCCGAUUUUGGCAAAUAAAAAUAUGAAUGAUCGGAGAAUUCGGUCGCUGUCGUCUGAUGUGUUGAACAUUUAUAAACAGUCAUUGUCUGUUUGUGAUGAAGAAGAAGAAUUAAGUUUGAACUCCGACGACGAAAGGGAAAUAAAGGCAUACCUUGGGGCCUAUUCAGAGAAAGUCAGUUUUGCUGGUGAUACAAUCAAGGGUAUCGCAUUUAGAGCGGAUGAUUUCGUUUCAUCAUUGAAGAUGAAGAAUAUGCAGUUGACAGAUGAAAUUUUGAGGAGACUAAGAUUUGUCGCCGCUGACAUAGAAGAACGUGCACGGAAGAGUCAGCCGGGAAGACGUAGUGCGCAGUAUGCAGGAAUCGAAGAGAUGACUGAAUUCGAAGCAAUGGUUCAAAACGAAGAAUUGCAUGGACGCGAAGUGGUUACGAAACCAUCAGCCUUUUUAAAGAAAGCAAAUAUUGAGGCGUAUCAUAGGAAGGUGUUGCAUAUAAAGCCUCCCGGGAAUGAGGAGGAAGAGCUGUCACAUGAACAUAAAAUUAAGAGGCGGCAAACAGGUUUCGUAACAAAGGAUAUGAUUCACAAACUUCACUUGGAAGAUUUCGAAGAGGACGAUGACGAUGCCAAGAAUGAAAACAUUAAAGAAAGUGUAUUGAUUUCCAAUAAAAUGCCAAAUGACGAGAAACGAACGCCAAUGAAAUCGGAAUUAUCAAACGAAGAACCACUAUCCGAAUUGCAACCAAAGAAUUUACUAACGUUUACUUCGCCUAUCCGCGUCGAUGACAAGGAUGAUAUAAUUGAAAAACAAAAGCUGCCUGUAAUAUUAACAGAUGAACCCUACCAUGUAAUGAAUGUACCGCAUGAAAAGAAAUUUCAGCAGAAAAUCUCCUCAGAUUACGCGAAGAUCAUUAUACAAACGGAACAGACGAGGAGAAAUCAAACGUAUUCCUUACGAAGCUUUGAGUACGCAAAGGCACGCCCUUUUCUUACAGUAUCUCAGUACCAAUUGAAGAAUCAAGAGUAUCAGAAGCAAUUAAAGGAAAAUAGUGCAGUUGAAACACUCUGUCCUGAUAGUAGACUCUAGUAAAUCCCUUCAGCGGAGUAAGCAUAGCUGAGCAGAAUAUCCCACACUCGCUAAAAACCGUAGAAGUAUAGUCAAAAUUUAUUCGAUAUAUUUUCAAACCGAUGGGAUCCUCAGAUUAAAAACAAUCACGUUCAUAAACUAUGUGGCCCAACGUAGCGAGGAUACAUUACAGUAACCCGGCGGCGAUUCGCCACUAUACUCGACCAUGGAUGCGGUGCGUCGUUAGUACAAAACAGCAAUAAUAGUAGAGUAUUAUAUUGAAUACUUUGUUCAAUGUCAGUGCUCUGUAUUAGUAUGAUAAUGACAACUCUAUCCGACGCGGUCAAAUGUAUAGAAAGAGCACUAGCGUGACUCCACAUUUGUGACAUUUCAACCAUG